AUGCCAUCAACAACCCCCAAAGACCUCACCACGCAGUCUCGCGACUUCGCCAUCUACCGCCAGCUGGUCCCCCUGCUCUCCAACCCCUCCAUCACCUACCUGAACGCCUCUUUCCAACCCCCCUCCAACCUAAUCGUCCACGGGGCAAUCAGCGCCUUCAACAACGAAGCCCUUCUCUCACCCUCCCCUAAACAAUCCUGGCUGCAAACAGGCGAAGACGCACGCUCCCUAAUCGCGCGAUACAUCAACGCGCCCCCAGCAUCCGUCGCAAUAACCCGCGACACAACCGAAGGGCUGAACAACUUCGCACACAGCCUCAAAUUCAAACCAAGCGAUAACGUCGUCAUCCUCGACUCGGAACACCCCCACCACGCAUACGCCUGGAUGUCCCUCCGCCCUGCCGGUCUCGAAGUGCGUCAAAUCCCUACAAUCCCCGAGUCCCAGAAACCCGGCGGCGCGGGUGUUGUCGCGGCCAAUGCAGAGACGUUCGCACCCUAUGUCGACCACCGCACCGUGGCUAUCGGGCUUAGCUCGAUCAUGUUCCACAGCGGACAAUGGAACGACGUCCAGGGUAUCUGCGAUGCGUAUCGCCCGCGCGGAAUCCAUGUCCUUGCGGACCUCACCCAACAAGUCGGGUUUGCCCCUGUGGAUGUUACGAAGCUGAAUGUCUCCGCGGCUGCGUUCUCCCUGCAUAAGGGACUGAACUGUCCGACGGGUUUCGCGGCGAUGUAUGUGCACCCUGAUGUUAUCAAGGAAACGAGCCCGGUCCCUCCGAUUGUAGGGUAUGGGGCUGUGCAGAAUGUGCGGGGGGAUUUACUUGUUCCUGCGGAUGAGAUUGUGUAUCACCCCAGUGCGCGCCGGUUCGAUCACCUGAAUAUGAGCCUUGUUGCUGCCGCGGCGGCGAAGGCGUAUUUGGGGUUUUAUCUUGAUGUGAUGGGCCCUGAGAAUGUGGAGGACCAUCUUUAUGGGCUUGGGGGUGUCUUAAGGAGGGAGUGUAAACGGGUUGGAGUGAAGAUUGUCGGACCGGAGCACGGAAGGGAACAUGCGCCGCAUCUGUAUAUCUUGGGUUUGCAUGAUGCGGCGUGGAUGGAGUUGUUCAAGGAGGAGGGAAUCUAUGUCACCCCGUAUAGGCUGGGGAUUCGGGUGUCGUUUGGGUUUUAUAAUAACGUCGACGAUGUGCUGAGCCUUGUUAGGGCAUUGGAAAAGGGGAUUGAGAUGGGGAUUCCGGUUGCAUAG